GCACCCUUAUAGUCACGUGUUAUUGGGUUGACAGCUUAGCCGUGGUAGCUGGCUAGCUAAUUCAUUCUCAUUUAAUAGAUGUUUAAGUUUAGACAUAGUGUUCCGCCUAACACGGUGCGCCUAUUAUUCUCGGAUAGAAUAUCAACGCCGUUUGGAUCGAUUUUCUUCCACCUGAUACGAAAAAACUUCCUCAACAGAGCUCCUGAGAUGGGACCCCCCGGUUCUGAGGAGGGGUGCACGGAGCACCUGUACUGCGGAGGCGCUGCCACUGAGGUGCUGAAAUUCGGGGCGCGGGACCUGCACCCCGCCAGCAAGCUUCACAGUACGCCCCGAGUGGUUUUCCUCCUCAUUCCAGGAAACCCGGGCGUGGUGGGGUUCUACCGCACCUUCCUGCAGACGGUCCACCAGGCCUUCGGGCGGCGCCACCCCGUUUGGGCCGUGAGUCAUGCGGGACACUGCGCCCCUCCGGGCUCCAUGCGCAUGACGACCGCAGGUUCCCCCGGGAUGCAGAUCGAGGACGUGUUUGGGCUGAACGGGCAGGUGGAACACAAGCUGGCCUUCCUGAGGGAGCACGUGCCCCGAGAGGCCAAGCUGGUGCUGAUUGGUCACUCCAUCGGCUGUUACAUCAUAAUAGAGAUGAUGAAACGAGAUCCGGAGCUACAGGUGCUGAAGUCCGUGCUGCUCUUUCCCACCAUCGAGCGCAUGGCGGUGACCCCGCAGGGGCGGGUCAUGACCCCGGUGCUGCGGCAGCUGCGCUACGUGGCCUACCUGCCCGUCUUCCUGCUCUCCCUCCUGCCCCAGAGCCUGCAGGCCACCGUGGUGAAGGUGGCCCUGAGGGCCGUGCGCUGCCUCGACCUGUCCGUCAUCCCCGCCGCCCUCAGCCUCUUCAACGUGGACUGCGCAGCCAAUGCGAUGUACAUGGGGAGCCAGGAGAUGGUGCAGGUCCUGGGCAGAGAUGAUUCCACCAUCAGACAAAACCUUGACAAGCUGAUAUUUUACUACGGGGCGACGGAUUCGUGGUGCCCGGUGCAGUACUACCAGGACGUCCGGGCGGACUUCCCCCGGGGGAACAUCCGGCUGUGCGGCAAGGGCUACCGCCACGCCUUCGUCCUGGACGCGGGCGCAGAGGUGGCCGCCAUGGUUACCGAGUGGGUCCGCCAGGACGUGGAGAACUCGUAGAGCUCCGCCCAUCGCCCCGCCCAUCGCCCUGCCCCCCUCACCCCAUCGAGGCCCGGAGAGAUAAAGGCAACAGCAUACGAUGGAACAUUACAGGGACUCAGAAUUAUUUUUUCUUCUUCAAAAUGAUCUCGAUCUCUUUGCUUUGUUUUCCCCCUCUGCGUCCUUUACGCUGUGUUUUAUUUUGAACGCACCGUUUAUACUACGUAU